AUGAAUAACGAAAUGAAAAUAGGAAAAGAAGAAUUAAUAAAAUGGAUAAAGAAACUUUUAAAAAGAACAAAUUUUGAUUUUAACAAUUUAAAAGAUGGAGAUGUUUAUUUAGAACUUUUUGAAUAUAUAUGGCCACAUGCUAUGAAAAAAUAUAAAGGUUGUAUUUAUAUUAAUCCUAUAAAUGAUAUAAACAAAAAAAAAAAUUGGAAUUUAAUAAAAACUAUUUUAAAUAAUGUAAAUAUAGAUAUUAAUUUUAUAAAUUAUGAUGAAAUAUGUAAAAACAAUUUUAUAGAAUGUUAUCAAUCCUUAAUUAUAUUAUAUUUUUUAUAUUCCCUUGUUAAAAAUAAGGAAUGUGAUUUCACUUUAGCAUAUCCCAUAAAUAAAGAACUAACUAAUUUUAUGUCAAAUGAAAAGCCAUUAAAUUGUUUAAUAAAUUCUAAAAGUGUAAAACUUUCUGAGUGUGUCAUAAAAAAUAAACAAUAUCCUCAAAUAGAUAACAUGGUAAAUAAUAAAAUGGAUAAUAUUUAUACGAGUCAUAUUAAUUAUAUCAAUGAAUUUAAUUCUAAAAAUAAAAAAACAGAACAAAUUAUCUUAGAUUCAAAUAUAUUUCCAAAAAAACAUACCAAUAAUAAUGAAAGCCAAAUUAAUGAUAGUUCUAUUUUUAAUGAUGAUUUUAUGCAUUCUCAAAAUACUGAGUUAACAAAAUCUUUUUAUUCACAAGCGUUCAAAAAAAAAGUUGAUGAUAUAACUGCGAAAAAAAUAAAAGACAAAUCUGUAACAGGAUUAGACAGUAAUUAUUCUUUGCAUAAAUCUAAACAAAAUAAUCCAUGUAAUGAAAAUUUAUUUUUUUACAAUUCUUUAAAAAAAUUUGAGAAGAAUAAUAAUGAUUAUGUAAAGUGUAGCACAAUAUCGAACGCCUCUAGUUCUAGUGAAAAGAGUGAAUCCAUAUCAGAAAAAGGUGGAAAUGGUUCAGAAAAAAAUGGAAACAACCCUAUAAAGACGAAAAGCAGCUUAUUAUUGGACAAAAUAUAUUACAAAGAAACAAAAGAAAAUGAAAAAAAAACAACCCAUUUACACAAUUUUAACGAUAUAGAACAAAUUCCUAAAAGCAAUUUUUUUAAAUAUUUUAAUAUUGGGAAACAUAUAAAUGAAGGGAAUGAAAAUAGUAAUUUGAUUUUACAAGAGUUAGACCCACCUUUCCCCAAAUCCACAGAAUCAUCAAAGUUUUCAAAUAUAAGCAAUUUAGAAAAAGAAAAUAAAUUUAAUUUAGAAUUUCAAAAAAUAAAUAAUGAAAAAAAAAAACACACAAAACAAACCAUUUAUAAAAUUGAUGCUUCGUCACAAACCAAUGAAAAUGACAUUUUAAAUAUUUUUCUAAACAAUAAUGAAAUGAAUAAUUUUGAAAAUAUAUGGACAAAUAAUAAUAAGAAUAAAAAUAAUAAUGAUGGAAAAAGGAUAAAAUCCGAUUAUUUUAUAGAAUAUUUAAAAAGACAAAUAAAAAUAUACAAAAAGGAAUUAGAUAUAAAAACAAAUGAAUUAGAAUUAACAAAAAAAAUUCAUGAAAAAGAAAUUAAAGAUAUUAAUGAAACGCAUAAUGUAGAUUUAUUAAAUUUGAAAGAAAAACAUAAUAAUGAAAUCUUAUAUUUAAAAAAUGAAAAUAUAGAAAAUAUUAUUUCCAUAAAAAAAAAAUAUGAACAUAAAUUAAGUAACAUAGAAGAUGAUUUACUUCUAGAUCUAGAUGUUCUAAUUUUUGAAAAUCACAAUGUUACAGAUUCAUCGGAAAAUUAUAAAAAUAAUGAAUCUAAGACAAAAAUUAAUAAACAAAUAAACGGGCUUUCCAUGAACUGCGAUGUAGAAAAUUGUUUCUAUUCAGAUAACACCUUUGAGCAGAGUAGCGAUAAUGACGAUGAUAAUAAUAAUGAUAAUGACGAUGAUAAUAAUAAUGAUAAUGACAAUGAUAAUAAUAAUGACGAUGAUAAUGAUAAUAAUAAUGACGAUGAUAAUAUGAUUUCAAAAAACAGUUUUCUAAGCUUCACAGACAAUAGUGGGAAUGAAACAAAUGAAGGAAAUAAAUUAAAUUCAGAAAAAUCAAAAAAAUGGCGAAAAGAAAAAGGAAAUGAAAUAAAAGGUUGUAAAGAAAAUAAUAAAAUUAUAAACAAUAAUAUUAUAAAGGUAAACAAAAAUAUUCAAUUGUCUAUUAAAAAAAUAAAACAUUUAGUUUUUGAAAAAAAUAAAGAAAAUAGGACAAAUAACGAAUAUAUAAAUAAUAAAAUUGUAAAUCUUAAAAAUAUGAUAAAAAAUAAUAAUUUAGAAAAAACAAAAAAUUAUAAUAAUUUAGAACAAAAUAAAGAAAUAUUUCAAGAACUUUUAAAAUAUAUCGAAGAAAUACUUACAAAAAAUGAAGAUGCGUUUUCCAAUACAGAUAAAGAAGAAUCUUAUUUAAAACAAAUUAAAAAUACUAUAUAUAAUAUAAUAAAAAACAAACAAUAUGAUGUGAAAAAUGAUGAAAUAUGUAAAAUGUUAGAUAAAAGUCUUAUAACCCGUUUUAUUAUUCAUAUAAUAUUUCUUCUGGCUAAAGAACAUAUAAAAAAACAGCAUAUAGAAUUGAAUAUAAUGAAAAAUAUAUCUUUAAAGGAUUAUACAAAUGAUAGCACAUGCAUAGAUAAAAAAAUUAAAAUAUUUGAAACAGUAGAAAAACCAAAAGGCAAUUUUCUCAAUUCAGAACAAAUAAAUAUCCAAAAUAGUGAUACUACUAUAAUACCAAGUAAUGAAAUAAUUAAAUAUGAAAAGGAACUUGAAAAAUAUGAAAAAAUAAAAAAUUUAGAAAAAAAAAAUAAAAAAUUAUUAUCUAUUAAUGAAUAUUAUAAAAAAAAAUUAGAGCACACUGAAAUAUGGAAAAAGUCCAUCAAAAAUUUAAAAAAAAAACUUAACCAUGAAAAUAAUGAUAUUAUUAUAAAACUACCAAAUGAAAGAAAUAAAUUAAAUGAAAGUAAUAAAAAUUAUCCUAAUUGCUUGGAUUGGAUAAAAUAUAAUUUUGCAGAGUUUCCCAAAUUUUAUUUAAAAAUAUUUAAAGAGAAAAAUGAGAAUGAUGCUGAAUUAAUGUUUCUUUUAAAAAAAUUAAAUAGAUGUGAUAAUGAACCAGAAGAAUUUAAUAUAUUUGAUGAGCAUACAACAGAAAUAUAUAAAAAAAUUAAUAAAUUAGAUGAAGAAGGAAAUGAAAUCAUUGAUACUGAUAAUAUUUUUUUAAAGAAAGACAAAAUAGAGAUAGAAAAAUUAACUGGAACUGAUAAUAUAUUGUUAUUAGAUUGGAAAAAGAAUAAUUCUGAAAAAAUAAAAAAAAAACUAACUUAUUUAUUUUGGAAAAUGUUAGGAGAUAUAUAUAAAUAUAGAAAUAUUAUUCAAGAAACAUUUAAUUAUGUUAAUAAUUUAAACAAGCAAUUUAAUAAUUAUAUUUUAGAAAAUGAUCAAAGGUUUAAAACCUCAAAUAACUAUUUUGAAAAUUUUAAUCAAAAAAAUAUAAAUUUAUACUUAUCCGAUAAAUAUAAAUUAAGAAAAAAAGUAGGAAUAGAAAAAUUAAAUGCAAAUAUAUAUAAAGAAAGAUAUAUAGAUUUAUUAAAUAAAUAUCAAGAAGAAAAAAAUAAAUAUAUUUUUCUAAUUAAUAGUUGUCAUGAAAAUGAAAAUGUAAAAUAUAAAUAUACUAUUAAUCAAUUGAAGGAUGCUUAUUUUAAUUUAAAAAAAUAUCAAAUAAGAGAAAUAAAAUGGAACCAAUUAACUAAAUUACUGGCGACCCAAAUUAAUGCACCUUCUACUCAGAUCGAGCAAAUGAUUAAAGAUGUUUGGAUUGAAAUAUUGGCAACAAAUAAUAUGGAAAAUGAAAUAGACAAUAAUAUAGACGAAAUAUAUACAAACAAAAAAACGAAAAAUAUACAAAAUGAGGAAUCAAACUAUGAAUUGAUAAAAAAACAAACUAACUUUCAAACUUUACAACAUAUAGAGCAAGAACAAAAUGAAAAAAAUAACGGCACUUAUUUGAUUUCGCUACUUGAAAAUACAACACAAAAAACGAGCAUAAUAAAAGAUAGACAUAUCCCAAAAAAAGAUAAAAUAAAAACAACAAAUUUAGUUACAAUACCUGGGAAAAUAACAAAUAAAAAUAAUUACAAAUAUGAUCUUAAAAAAAAUAAUGAAGGGAAUAACAAUAAUAAUAAAAAGAAAUCGUUUUUUAAAAUAGACAAUUAUAGUGAUCAAUUGAAUUAUUAUAAAUACGACUUUAAUACUUGUCUACAAAAUAUUAAAAAUAAUAAAAUUUGUGAAUUAUAUUCUGAAAACGAACAAGAUGAUUUAGAAAUAUAUAGCGACAUAAACCUACCUAACUUGGAACAGUGCUUAGAUGAAGUUUCUAAAAAUAAAAAUCAAUUUAUUGAAAGUGCAAAUUUAGAUAUUUAUAGUAAUGAGAAUAAUAUUAACGAAUCAUUUUAUGAACCAAAUGAUUUGGAUAGCUUGAAUGAAAAAAAAAAAGAAAAAAAAAAUAUAAUUUUUUUACUAAGUGAAAUGGCAAAGGAAUCAUGUAUUAUGUUUCAAAAUAUUUUAAAAAUAAAAGAAGGAGAAUUAAAAGAAAAAGAAGAAAAAAUAUUAUAUUUAGAACAAAAUAUUUCUGAAUUAAAACAACAAAAUAUCAAUGAACAAAAUAAUUUUCAGCGUUUAGAAGACAACCAAACAAAUCUUAAAAACCAACUUAGCUUAUUAAGAAAUACUAUAAAAUAUUUAAAUGAUCAAAUUCUACUUUUAAAUAAAGAAAAAUUAUAUUUACAAAUUAAUUAUUUAGAAAAACAAAAAGAAUUAGAGUUUAAUAUAUCAAAUUAUAAGAAUACUUUUAAUCAAAUUAAGGAAAAUAUACAAAAUUAUCCUCUUAUUUUAUAUUUAUUGGAAACUUUAGAUAAAACAAAAACCUCGAAAAAUAAAUCAAAAGAUGUCGAUCCUCAAGAAAUUAAAGAUAUUGCAAAUGAAGAAGAUGUGCAAUCUUUUUUUCAAACAGAAAAAAAUGCAAAUAAAGAGACAGAUAAUAUUCGAAAUAAAUUUGAAUAUUUAAAUAGAUGUAAUAACAUUGAACAGGAAGAAAUAAAUUCAGAUAAAAUAAAAAAUAACACAAAAAAUUGUAAAAUUUUAGAUAAUUUUUCCAAUUUUACAAAUCCUAUUUUUGAUGAACAAAAUAAAAAUAUUCCAAAUUUUACUCUAAACGAUUUAAUUAACGAUUCCUAUGAUUAUUAA